AUGACACUACUCUACGAUGCCCAACUACUCACACUCUAUGUUGGUAUUUGUCUCUUUAUCGCAUGUGUUAUUGGAAAUGGAAUUAACAUUCUGGUCUUCUCUAAACUUCACAUGUAUCGCACAAAUCCUUGUAUAUUCUACUUCAUCAUGGGUUCUAUUGACAACAUGUUCUAUGUAUGUUUCAAUCUUCCGAUUCGUGUUCUUAGUGAUUGUUAUCGAACUGACAUAUUUCGAGGAUCUGAUGUAUGGUGUAAAAUACGACAGUUUUUUCUCUUCGUUCCCGCUCUAAUCUCUGUCACAUUUUCAUGCUUAGCUAUCAUUGAUCAGUUCUUAGUCACAUCAAAAAGUGCCUAUCUUCGUAGCCGCAGUCGAAUCGAAUGGGCACAUCGAAUAUCACUCGUUGUCAUCGUUUUCUGGUGUCUGUAUGGUGUUCACGUUUUCUUUUUGUAUCGUAUUUUACCAACUACUAAAACCUGUGGAAGUGACAAUCCUGCUUUGGCUAUCUACUCACCGAUCUAUCUACUUGGCAUCAUUUGUGGAAUACCAGUAGGGAUCAUGACUUUGUUUGGUCUGUUGACUUAUCGAAACAUUCAACGGACAGUGCGUCUUGCUGAAUUACGAUUUGACCGUCAGUUGAUCCGAAUGACUUCUAUUCAUGUUGUGCUUGUUACUGUGAGUUUGAUUCCAUAUGGGAUUAACAGAGCUUAUACUUUAAUUACAGCUGGAGUAGUAAAAGAUUCAGAUCGACUGAUGAAAGAAAGUUUCGCUACAACGAUGGUCACUCUUGGAACAUAUCUAUACUAUGUGGUAAGUGGAUUGGUUCUUUUAUCUCCAUAUGUUUGA